UGUUCAUUGUGAUGUUAAGUUAAGAAAGUCGUAGAAAAGCUGCCAGACUAAUAAUUAUUAAUUGAAAUAUUAAAAAUAUAAAGUGCAUUUUGAUCUUUUCCUUUUUAAAAACUUAAAAAUAAAAACCAUCUUUUCAUUGUAAGAACGUUUGUGUCGCAAAUUUCGAAAUGGGGGCAGCUCUAGGUGUUUGUUCGGCCGCACAGCUAGCCUGUUGCUGCACAGGAACAGCAUGUUCAUUAUGUUGUCAAGCAUGUCCAUCCUGCAAAAACUCCGUUUCUUCACGAUUGAUGUAUGCCCUGAUGUUACUCAUUGGAACCAUUCUUGGGGCUAUCGCUUUAUCACCCGGACUACAGGACACUCUGAAAAAGCUUCCAUUUUGCCAGAACUCAAAUACUACGGUUACAAAGACAUUGCUAGAGAACACAUUUGGACAAAUCGACUGCCAGUAUGCUUUAGGUUAUAUGGCUGUUUAUCGAAUAUGUUUUGGACUUGUUUGUUUCUUUGCUCUAAUGGCAUUAAUUAUGGUUGGUGUAAGAUCAUCUCGGGAUCCAAGAUCACAUAUACAAAAUCAAUUCUGGGGAUUGAAGUUUCUUAUGUGCAUUGGGGCAACAAUCGGGGCAAUCUUUAUACCAGAUGGAUCUUUCGGCCCGUCAAUGAUGUGGAUUGGACUUUUUGGAGGAUUGGCAUUUAUUGUAAUACAAUUGAUAAUAAUUGUUGAUUUUGCUCAUUCUUUGGCUGAAAAUUGGAUCGAAAAUUCUGAAUCCAAUCGUGGCUAUAUGUAUGCACUUAUUACGGUUACUUUAGCUUCGUACAUAUGUUCGAUAGUUGGAAUCUCAUUAUUGUUUGUAUAUUUCACAAAUUCAGAUGGUUGCGGACUUAAUAAGUUUUUCAUUUCAUCAAAUUUGAUCUUCUGUGUUGUUUUGAGUGUCAUAUCUGUACUACCAGCAGUUCAAGAAAAGCUACCACAUUCAGGACUUCUUCAAAGCUCAAUGGUCACUUUAUAUACUGUUUAUCUAACAUGGUCAGCGGUUACAAAUAAUCCAGAAGUGGAAUGUAAUCCAGGAACGAUGUCAUUUGUUAAAGACAAUCCAAAGGCCACUUUCGAUACGACCAACAUCAUUGGUCUUGUCGUAUGGUUGUUAUGUGUUUUCUACAAUUGCAUGAGCUCAGCUGUUGAAGUGUCAAAAAUCACAAAUACCGAACCAGAUAAGGAAGUAUUAACAGCAACUUUAGCAGAUGGUGAAAAAGGAAAGACGGAUGAUAGUGAGGAAGAAGAAGGUGUUGCCUAUUCAUGGUCACUUUUCCAUCUUGUAUUUGUUGCUGCUUCUCUCUAUGUUAUGAUGACCUUGACAAAUUGGUAUAGGCCAAAUUCGGACAUUAAGUACUUUAAUGCGAAUGCAGCUUCAAUGUGGAUAAAAAUAAUAUCCAGUUGGAUAUGUGGCACAUUGUAUGGAUGGAGCUUGAUUGCACCAAUGGUUCUAACAAACAGAGAAUUCUAACUCAUCAACUAACUUAUGUUGAAACUUUAUAUUUAUUAUUAAAACCAAAAUAUUCAAAUACUUAUUAAUUAUAUAAUAUUCUAAGCAUACAUUUAACUUAAAUAAAAAGCAUAUUUAAUCAA